UCCCAGGUUGAAAUCCUAUUGAAUUUCAGGGACGGGGGAGAGGAAUAAAAACGAGGAGAGUCGACACUCGACAGACAGGUGGCGAGAUCCCCCGAAGCCGUCCGUACUCUCGCAGCAGAUCGGCCGGCGGAAGCCAGCAGGAUGGAGGUGGCGUCGCUGUACCGGCGGGUGCUGCCGUCGCCGCCGGCGGUGGAGUUCGCGUCGGCGGAGGGGAAGCGGCUGUUCGCGGAGGCGCUGCAGGGCGGGACCAUGGAGGGCUUCUUCAACCUCAUCUCCUACUUCCAGACGCAGUCGGAGCCGGCCUUCUGCGGCCUCGCCUCCCUCUCCGUCGUGCUCAACGCGCUCGCCAUCGACCCCGGCCGGCCGUGGAAGGGGCCCUGGCGCUGGUUCGACGAGUCCAUGCUCGACUGCUGCGAGCCCCUCCACAAGGUCAAGGCCGAGGGCAUCACCUUCGGCAAGGUCGUCUGCCUCGCGCACUGCGCCGGCGCCCGGGUCCAGUCCUUCCGCGCCGACCAGACCACCAUCCACGACUUCCGCGCCCACCUCACGCGCUGCGCCUCCUCCCAGGACUGCCAUCUCAUCUCCUCCUACCACAGGAGCCCCUUCAAGCAGACUGGGACUGGCCAUUUCUCACCGAUCGGCGGGUAUCAUGCCGAGAAAGACAUGGCGCUCAUCUUGGAUGUUGCGCGCUUCAAAUACCCUCCUCAUUGGGUUCCAUUGACGCUUCUCUGGGAUGCCAUGAACACGACUGAUGAAGCAACUGGGCUUCUCAGGGGGUUCAUGCUUGUAUCAAGGCGCAGUUCAGCUCCUUCAUUGCUCUACACAGUGAGUUGCGGCCAUGGAAGUUGGAAAAGCAUGGCAAAGUAUUGUGUGGAAGAUGUGCCCAAUCUACUGAAGGAUGAGAGUCUAGACAAUGUUACAACACUUCUGUCCCGCCUAGUGGAAUCUCUCCCAGCCAAUGCUGGAGAUUUGAUCAAAUGUGUCAUUGAAGUUAGGAGAAAAGAGGAAGGUGAAUCAAGCUUGAGUAAAGAGGAGAAAGAAAGGCUUUUUUUGAAGGAAAAAGUAUUACAGCAAAUCCGUGAUACUGAUCUUUUCAGAGUAGUCCACGAACUGCAAUAUCCCAAGGGGCUAUGUGGUAGUUGCUCGUCUUCAAGUGAUGAAGAUUCGCUUGCCGAGAUUGCAGCCACUGUGUGCUGUCAAGGAGCUGCAUUCCUAUCUGGUAACCUUGUAUCUAGAGAUGGGUUCUGCUGCCGAGAAACAUGUAUCAAAUGUAUAGAAGCAAAUGGUGAUGGACUAAAGACUGUUAUCUCAGGAACCGUGGUAUCUAAAGGGAAUGAACAGGCUGUUGAUUUGCUUUUACCAACAUCCUCGUCAAAAACAAGCUUAUGCAAUUCAAACUUGAGGAGCAAGAUUGUCAAGUAUCCAUCAAGCACAGAUGUUCUAACUGUCCUACUGCUGGUUUUACAGCCUAACACAUGGCUUGGCAUAAAAGACGAGAACGUGAAAGCUGAAUUUCAGAGUCUUGUUUCAACAGACAAUCUUCCUGAUCUUCUUAAACAGGAGAUACUGCAUCUAAGGCGGCAGCUCCAUUAUUUGGCUGGUUGUAAAGGACAGGAGGCAUGUCAAGAGCCUCCAUCCCCUUAGGGACGCUGCUGCGACAAUCUGCUCACUUGGUUAGGAGAUAAGGCCCUUGGAGAUCCCACGAGCAUACUAUCGAGGCAAAAAUAUAUGAUUCAAUAAACAGACUUACUUCGUGAGGUAGGAGGACAUACUAAGGAUCAAAGUAAUAGGAUUUUGAGAGAGUAUUGGAGCCAAGAUAGCUGGUAACAUCCUGGUUACCGGUCUCUUUUGGUUCACUAUAUAUGUAAAUUCUUUUGCGUUUAUAUAAUUUUCUUCGACUAUGUAUCCAUUUGGUUCCAUUAACCAUGAACACCAAGAUUUCACUUAACUAGUAAAACACCUGUCAGCCAAUGUGGUGACACGGAAUAA